UUAUAAUUAGUUUACUAUUUUUAAUUGUCAUAUGGUUUCUCACUGUUAGAGUUGUUCUGUUUUAAUAUUUCAAUUUUAUCUAGGUUUUCUAUUAGUUUACUUGUCGUUUUAUUGUCCGUUUUUUUAUUUGUAGUAAAUUACUUUUAAGGUUGUGUUUUUGGUUUACCAAUAGUUUUUUAGUUGUUUACUUCUUUUCAUGAUCUAUAUGCAUAUCAAUAUUUUAUCCUAGUAUUUCGUUUAUUUAUUUUUUAUUAAUUCAUAUUAGUAGAUGUGUUGUUUACUAUGUAUUUACAAAGGGUUUACUGAUUAUUCAAUAUCAAUUACUAUUUGUACUCGCUAACUUGUUUUAUUUGUUAUUCAUUAGGACUGGAAUUACUUUAUUAGGCUAGAAGAUCAUUUUUUUCUUAAAAUUGGCCAUCAUGUUGGUGGAAAUGUGGUUGUCAACUUGAAGAAGACUUUGUCUAAGAAAACGCUUGACAGAUUUGCAAAAAGCUACUUUGGCAAAUUUUUAGGCAUGCAAGAGAAGUACAAGUUGAAACCUCAGCUUAUUCACUAUUUGCUUUUAAUGGAGGUUAAGCAACCAGUUUUUUUUAUGAAUUAUGGUUGAAAGUGUCUGGUAGGUUUUUACAAUUUUCACUUGAUGAGUUUGCUCUUAUAACUAGUUUGAAAUGUCAAGGGAGUGUUGAUAAGAAGCAAUAUAGGAGUCUUAGUUCUGAUUUGAAAGAAAGAUGUUUUGGAAAUAUAACUAAGAUUACAAAGAAAUGCGUUGAGGACUGUUUUCUAUUAAUGCGUUGGGACAAUGAGAAUGAUGCUUUUAAAAUGGCAGUCUUGUAUUUCAUUGAAUACUUUUUGUAUAACAACAAAACUGAGUCUAAUGUUCCGAAUGAACAUUUUUAUCUCGUUAGUAGUGGGGAGUUUGAGAAUUUUCCUUGGGGUAAAGACUUGUUUCAUACACAUUAGUGUUUCUGAAAAGUAAAUUGAGUUCGCUGAAAAAAUAUGAUUAUUUUAAAUAAAAAAUUAUGCUGCUCGUACAAAUUUACGAUACGAUGGCUUCCCCUUGUGUUUUCAAACAUGGUUUUUAGAAUGUUGUCCCAUUGCCAAAGACACAAUUGCAUCCUGUAUGGGCACACAAGUGCCUCGUAUUUUGCGGUGGAAGUCGUCAAUUCUUAGAGACCGGCAGUAUUUGACCUGUACAAUUUUCAGUCAGUCAGCAAAACAGUUGCAAUUGUGCAAUAGACAACCCACUACGGAGGAGAGGCUGGAAUUGAAUUUGGACGGUUUUUUUUAAAAAGGGAAGGAAAAAGUUUAUGAAGAUGUUGUUGAUCAAGAUUGCUUAAAUGUGGUUGGUCGAAGACGGAACUCGAUAAACUGGUUUUGAAUCAAAGAAAAUUUGGCUAAUGAUUUUGCAAAUUACUAAUCUUAUUCUAAGAAUCAGUUUUCAGAGAUUUUAAAAACUUUAGCUGAACUGAAGAGCAUAAUGUCCACUGCUACCAUGCAAACUGAAGAUAAGCUGGAUCCUGUUGGUGAAGCAUCUUCUUUUGAAGAGACUAUGAGUGAUCGUCGUACUGGCAAUGAAGACAGUGGCAAUAAAAAAGGCGAUGAUGAGGAUGAAAGCAAUGAUAGUGAAGAUGAUGACAAUGGCAAUGACAAAGACGUCGCUCAUUUUGAUAAAACAGAAGAUGGUUAUUAUGAAGAUGGUCCAACUGAGGAGAAGGCUGGCCAAGAUUCAACUACAAACAUCAAUGGUAGUGAGAUGGCAGAGGCUGAAAAGGACGUUGAGAAAAACGAGGAGGAGAGUAAAAAGGGCGAUGAUGAUGUUGAUAAAAUUGAGGAAGAGAGUAGAAAGGGCGAUGAUGAUUUUGAGAAAAACUGAGAAGAGAGUCGAAAGGGCGAUGAUGAUGUCGAGAAAAACGAGAGCCGAGAGGAUGCUGAUGUUGAUUGUCCGCUUGUUGCAAAAAAGAAUGA